UGUGUACACGAACGGUGUUAUUCCUUCCACAAUCAAUCGCCUGAUGGAAAGGAAAACCCGAUUUACAAUGUUCAGUAAAAGAAACACUCGAAGACUGGAAUAACGUCUAUCUGAUAACGUAGGAAGGAAUUGUUUUGAAUGAGGGUGACGAAGACGAACUUGAAGUCGCAGAACAAAAAAAGUUUCUCACAGUGUAGCGAGGUGGGCGAAGGAAGUACUACUACUGGGCACGUGUGCAGUAGCCGCUACACGGAUGCUACACGACCGCACAAGAAGGGAUCUGUUUUAAACACACUGAUUUGGACAUGGACCGGAUAGCACCACCCCAGAUGGAAAAUUACCCAGGCGAUACCAGAGACCAAAUGAUGUAGAAACAAAAACCUUGAUGUUCGCCUCUUUUCAGGAUUCAUUUUGGAUUAUAUAACUGGAAGGAUUAGAGAUGACGUGGUCAACUAAGACGCUAGGAAUAGCUGGUCGCGAAAACCGGUCUUCAAUUGUGAAAUUGCAAAACGGUGGCGAGUCGGGUUUGGCGAACAAGGAAUACCAGGAUGGAAGAAUAUCUACACCGGGGCCACCAGAGGAUUAUGUUUACGAAGAACUCCUCACAAGAACAAGUUGGUGCAAUGCCGAGUAUGCCAGCAGAGAAAUAGAACGGGGCCGGGCACAGGGGAACAAGUCUGCACUUUGGCUUCGUGGGAAACUCCAAGCUCUACUCUUUUUUCUCGGCUGCUACAUCCAGUUUCACAGUGGGAAAGUACUGUUCUUGGGAGUUAUAAUAAUGGGAGCGUUUGCUGUUGGUCUCAAACAAGCCAGAAUCGAAACGAAUGUGGAGAAACUUUGGGUAGAAGUCGGCGGAAGGUUGGAACGAGAGUUAGAUUACACCACCAAGACGUUGGGAGAGGGAUGGGGGAUCACCAAUCAGAUCAUCAUACAGACUCCCAAAGAAGACGGGGGAAACGUCUUAACGCAAGAGGCUCUGCUCCAGCACGUCAGAUCCUCGUUCUUAGCAACUCAAGUACAAGUCAGCAUGUAUGGCCUAGACUGGAGUUUCAAAGAUGUUUGUUUUAUAACAGAGUUUCCAGCCUUUGAAGAUAGUUUCAUAGAUCCUAUAAUUAGUAAAUUAAUUCCUUGUACAAUAGUAACGCCAUUGGAUUGUUUUUGGGAGGGAUCAAGGCUUCUGGGCCCGGAUGAACCAGUCAAAGUUCCAUCUUACAACCAGACCCUGAGAUGGACGACGCUCGACCCCUUAGCCUUGUUAGAUGACUUCAAUCACAUCUUUAGUAUUUAUGGGGAUUUUAUAUCGGGAGAUUCGUUAAAAGAUCUCUUCAAUAGGACGGGAAUCGGCCACGCCUACCAGACCAAGCCUUGUCUCAACCCACUGGACCCCGAAUGUCCAAACUCGGCACCCAACAAGCAAAGUGGACAGGUACCAGACAUUGCUUCGGAACUUACAGGUGGUUGCAAAGGCUUUGCCAGCACAUACAUGGUCUGGCCAGAAGAACUCAUCGUAGGAGGUGUGAACAAGAACUCCACAGGCCACAUUCAAAGCGCUGAAGCUAUACAGAGUAUUGUACAACUCAAGGGGCAGAAGGAGAUGUACAAUGCCUGGAAGGGAAACUACAAGGUGGAUGAGAUCAGAUGGACACCAGAAAAGGCUGGAGCGAUUGUCGAAGAAUGGCAGAGGAAAUUUACUGAGGUUGUCAGGAACAGUUCAGUAGAGGUCUCCCAAAGCGUCAACGCAUUCACAUCUGCUUCUCUGACAGACUUACUGGAUGAGUUUUCCGAGCUGAGCAUUGUACGGGUUGCAAUGGGAUAUGUCCUCAUGGUGAUCUACGCUUUCUUCACGAUGAUGAAACUAAGCGACGGCGUUCGGUCUCAGGGCGGGGUAGGACUCGCUGGAGUUCUUCUCGUUGCUGGCUCGGUGGUGGCUAGCCUCGGCUUCUGCGCAUGGAUCGGGCUGGUGUUUAAUGCAUCCACAACUCAGGUGCUCCCAUUUCUUGCUUUGGGGGUGGGCGUCGACGAUAUGUUUCUUCUGGCACACUCUUCUACCUCAAUACCCAAUGAAAUUCCACUUGUGUAUAAGACGGGUGAGAUUUUACGCCGGUCUGGGGUUAGCGUCCUUCUGACCUCUAUCAACAAUAUUUGUGCCUUUCUUCUAGCAGCUGUUAUUCCUAUUCCCGCUCUGCGGUCCCUCUCACUUCAAUUUGCAAUAGUAAUAGUAUUCAACUUUCUGGCUAUAAUCCUUGUGUUCCCGGCCGUCUUGGCGUUAGAUAUAGAAAGGCGUGAAGCAAAACGGGUCGACAUGUUCUGCUGUAUUACAAGUAAAAGUCCAAGUGCAAAUAGGAUCAUUCGGGUCCAACCCAGGCCUGCCAAUACAAGACAGGUACCCCCUCGAUGUACAGAAGUCCGGCUGCAAUCCAAUGUGCAAGCAGUAACAGUCUUACAUCCGUCGUCGGCGACAACCACCGCUGGCAUAACGCCAGUCGUUGAAACACCGCCCUCAACGGCCGCUUCGACGGCCUCCACCAGAACUCUUAUAAGGCAGAGCUCUUUUGAAAGAGACAGACCCAGUUUACGGGAGAGAUACAGGAAGGCCAGUUGCUGGAGGUGGAGCUUAUCUGGAUUUGCACGUGGAUAUUACGCACCAUUCCUGCAGAAGUUACAAGUGAAGAUUGUCGUCCUGGUUUUAUUCGCAUGUUUGCUCGGAGUUGGAAUCUACGGGGUUACGCAAAUCGAGGAUGGAUUAGAAAUAACGGACAUUGUCCCCAGGGGGACCCCCGAAGAGGACUUCCUGGAGACGCAAAUGAAAUAUUUCAGUUUCUACAACAUGUACGGCGUGACCCAGGAAGAUUUUGAUUAUGCAAACCGACAGCGACUGCUCCAUGCUUAUCAUUCGGAGUUCCGAAACAUCAUGCAGGUGAUCCGGGAUCCUGACGGCUCUUUGCCAACCUUCUGGUUGAUCGCCUUCAGGGAUUGGCUGCUUGAAAUGCAAAGGGAAUUUGACAAGGAUAAGAAAGGCAAUGCCAUUAUUUUUAACAACUGGUAUAACAAUGCCUCGGAGAAAGGAGUCUUGGCCUACAAGAUGCUGAUUCAGACGGGCAACCCGGUGCAACCCACUGACUACAACAGGUUCACGUUGGAGCGACUAGUUGACGAUCACGGAGUGAUCAACCCUGAUGGAUUUUAUCACUAUCUGACCGUCUGGUAUAACUCUGACACUUUCUCCUACUCCGCCACCCAAGCUAUGCUUCAUCCUACACCAACCUCGUGGACACCAGGAGGUAAAACUGACCGAGAUGUCACAAUACCCCGGUCAAGCACCCUCAACUACACCCAGCUCCCGUUCUAUCUCAACAACCUUCGGGACACCGACGAUUUCAUCAACGUGGUACGAGACGUCCGCAAUCUCUCGGAGUACUUCAACGAUCAGGGUCUUCCCAACUAUCCAAUGGGGGUGCCCUUCACCUUCUGGGAGCAGUAUCUAGAGUUGAGGUUCUAUCUCUUCUUAUCGUUGCUGAGCGUCCUCGGAGCAAGCUUCUUUGUGAUGACUGUCAUGCUGGCUAAUCCAUGGGCAGCUCUCAUUCUGGUAUCUGUUUUAGGGAUGAUAACGACAGAGCUCUUUGGUUUCAUGGGUUUAAUCGGAGUCAAGCUUAGCGCCAUCCCAGCGGUUACCCUCAUCAUUUCAGUGGGAAUAGGAGUGGAGUUUACUCUUCAUACAUGCUAUGCCUACCUGACGGCCAUCGGUGAUCGUAACAAACGUGUCACCAUGGCUUUGGAGCAUACGUUCUCUCCUGUUGUUGAUGGUGCGUUGUCAACACUGCUGGGUGUCGUCAUGCUAGCCGGGUCCGAGUUUGAUUUCAUUGUGAGUUACUUCUUCUACGUCUUCUCUGCAUUGAUCGUCAUCGGGAUGUUGAACGGCCUCGUCCUGCUCCCCGUCAUCCUCUCACUGAUCGGCCCCCCAGCCGAGGUACGCCCACUGAACAACGCCACCCGACUCACCACCCCGACCCCACCUCCUACACCCCCGAUGGAGAGGAGCAGUGCCUCCAUGCAGGGCCGGCAGCGCCCUGGCAGAAGGAGAGGAUGGGAGGACGAAUACAACGGGUCGCAGUCAUCCGUUGGCGACAGCGCCAUGUAUCGUGGAUACGGUGGAGAAAGGAUCGAGGUUCAUCCACCUGAGGUGGUCGUGCAGACGAUGUGCCAUGAACCAAGAAGACAAGAGGGUAAGCCGCAUAAAUCACGGCACCACUGGCCCCACCACCAGCCUCGGGUUCACCAUCCCAACAUGCCUAACUACACAUCCUCCUCCUCCUCUUCGCCAAGCCACUCCCCUCAGAUGCCUCACCACCAGAUGACGACAACCGUCACGGCCACGGCGAUGGUGUCCAUCCUACACCCCAUGUGCGGCGGGGGUGGUAGCGCGGGGGAGCGGACUGACAGCUACAAGUACCACAAGAGGCGGAGAGACCAGACGGAGAAGAAGAGCACGAAGAUGCGGGAGCUCGAAGGGAGGAGAGAAAAAGAUGAUGGCAACUCGGACUCACCUGUGUAAAUAAAAAAAGGUACUAACGCAGCUGCUAUGCUAAGGACUGGCACAAACCAGGUCGUUUCGUGACCUCAAGACCUGACCUUUGACAUGUCGACAAGGCACCACGUAAAAACUGCCCUGGUAUUGAGCAGCAACACUGUACAGAUAACGGUUUUACCUACUUGGGAGUGUAAAGAUUCUAUGAAUAUUUAUUUAUGCUAAUAGCAAGUUAACCUUAAGUGUAUCUUAUGAAUAUUAAACAGUGUUUUUUUUUUUUUUAUAUGAAAAGCAAUUUGUUUGUUUGACUGGUAUUGAUAUAUUACUCAAUGCUUAUGCGUCAAAAACACUCUAUAUAUAAAUAUUAAAAUGUAUGAAUAAAGAAGAGGACAUAGGAGGUCAUGUAUUAUAACUAUUAUAUAAUUAUUAAAAAGACUCAGUAAUUUUUUGUUUGCCAAGUUGUAAGUACAUGUUUUAUAGGUUUAUCACUGUAUAUACUGAUUUAAAAAAAAGUGAAAGCUAUGGCUGGGAUUGUACAGAGUAAAAUUUCCCUGGUUUUUAUUACCAGCGAAAAUACUUAAGAUAUUUUGUCGGCAGGUUUUCCUUGCAUGGGAAACUUUCCCUUCCCCACUUUGUAUUUUAAGGAUGUUUUUUUAAUAGUUUGUUUACGAAGAAAUCCCAUUUCACAAAGUUCUGUAUUCCAAGUGUGUCACUUGUUAGACACAAAUGAACAUUAGGGCCCAAUUUCAUAGCGCUGCUUAGCAGCCAAUAUUGUGCUUACUGUGCAAUUUCCGUUUCAUAGCGCUG